CAGCACAACUUCAUCCCGCCCUCUCUCUCCAACUCUAACUACCCUAAGUCCCUAACCUCGUUCACUACUGAUCGGAGAGGAGGAAUUCCGUUUGCCUUCAUUACCACAUGCGCUUUACUCGUUGCUCGGAUAAACAAUUACUUCACUCACAGUCACAGGGAUAUGAGUUAGCUGUUAUCCAAUUUUCUAAAGAUUUGGUAAUGGAGUCCAUAUUAGCAUUCGAGGAGGAGCAGAGACAACUCCAACACCAACAAAUAUCAUCAACACCAUCAUCCCCCUCGUCGUCUUCAUAUGGUCUCAAAUUGGUGCCUUGGAUGAGCUGGGAAGAAUGGCUCUUCGUCUAUGACUCUCUCUUCUCCGAUUCCCCUCACGCAGUUUCAUCUGCUCUUGCAAAGAUAUCAACAUGGGGAAGCAGAGGUUGUCUUCCUGUUACAAUUGAAGUUACGGCUUCAAUCAUUGAAAUUCAAAUGAGAGAUCCUUAUUUUAGUAAAUUUAGGAAGGACCAAAAUAUCGAUGCUUCAGAUAAAAAUAGAGGAAAUCAAGGUUCUGAUGGAUCACUUUCUGACGAAAUGCUGGCUAUGCUUUAUUGCAUGGCAAUCAUGAGGCUUGUCAACGGUGUUGUUGAGAAAACACGUAAGCAACGUGAGGUUUCAAUUGCUGUGGCCGCUGAUGCAAUUAAUAUGCCACGUACAUUGAUUGAUAUUCGUCAUGAGGGUUCGCAUCGUGAGCUUCCUACACUUCAGAUAGUUCGCAGUGCCUCAAUCAAGGCACUUGAUUGGCUAAAAUUUUACUAUUGGGAACCACAGAAGAAGGCUGUCCCAUUUCAAGGUGACAGUACAACUAAGAUCAGAAAAAGAAUCAAGUCUAAACUUCGUGAAUUGGCCUUCUGUUUGAAUGCUAAGGAGAGUCCUGAACUGUCAUCUUCACCAUUACACGGAAAACUAUUUCACUGUUCUAUAGGUCGUAGAAAACAUGAUUGGAUUUGUGGGCGUAAAAUGUUUCUCUCACAUGCAGCUGGCAAGCUCCACUCAAAUUCUGGAGGUAACAAGAAACAGAUCAAGAAUGUUGUCAAAAAUCUUGUUGGCUUGUAUUCUUCCUGUUCCUCAGAAGUUGUAUCGGUACUGUUGGAUUUUUUGCUCAAGACUUUAAAUUCUUCACAUUCGUCAGAGCUUUCAGAAGACACCCAGGUCGGCUCUGGCACAGAUACUAUUUUGAAUGAUUGGAAGCCUGUUAUAACUAAGUUUUCAAAUAAGGAGCCAGAAUUACUCGUUGCCCUUCUUAAUGCAGUUCUUGGUAUGAUUGAAGUCCAAGAAACCAGUAAAGAUGAAAUAGGAGGGCAACUCAUAUCAUCUGACAAUAGCCCAGUGGUUCAUCAAGUUGAACACCUCUCUUCCCUUUUUGCAUGGCUUGCUAAUAACCUCAAGGAAUUAAAGCCUCGUCAUAAAGCUCUUAAAACUUCUGAAACAGAUGUAAAAUCAACAGGAGAUUCAUCCUUAUCAAACGCAGCACUGAUGCAACUAAUGCGCAAGUGUCUAGUGUUAUCAGCUUCUGGCAACAAGCAGCUCCUGGAUUCAGCCAUCCUUAUUGCACAGCUGAUUGGAGACAUCAAUCUAAUGAAGAAACUUAACAAAAUAUCUUUCCUAGCUUUGUCAAAUUCAGAAGUUAUUGAAAAUGAUCCUUCUUUAUUCAAUUCGAAGGAUCUUAUCCAGCCAGAUGAAUCCCUUUCCCAAGCUGGUGAGAAGCUUGAGGCUAUAAAACGCCGUCGGAUGAAGUUAAAAAAAGCAAAGACUACAGAUGGAGAUGUAGAAAUUUCGAGAAGAUGGGUUGUUGCAACGUCUUGGAAUCCAUGUCCGAUUGGCAUGUUACCCAACUCUUUUGGGUCUUCUGGCUGCCUUCCUGUUUUGGACAAUAAAGAUGAUGAGAGCAAGUUUCCUGAAAUGUCACAAGCAAGAGAAAGUUUGGUAUCAAACCACUAUAAUGAAAUGAUCCAGCCUGACAUUCCACCGUCAGAUGACUUUGUUGACAAGAAGAGAAGGCGCGCGGUUGAAGAUGACUGUGUGUCUGAUGUUGAAGAUGUCUGGUCACAGCAAGGUUUUGAUGAUAAACUUUGGAUUGGGGGACUAUGGAAGAAAUUAGUAGAAGAUGUCUCCAUGUCGGAAGUACACAAAUACUAUAGUAAAGUUGAAGAGCUUGCUGUUAUGAAGUUUCGGUUCAAGGAGAUACAACUUUAAAAUUCUGAGUUGGAUUUAGUCAUUAGGCUUAAGAAUCUAAGACAGUUUUGAUACGUAGCAAUGCCUGUUCAGGGAAUUUGUCCCAUAUUUAAGAAGAAGACAUGAUUGUUGCAUGGAUGGAGAGUUAAAUUAUGAAUUAUUAUUUUAUGUUAGCAAUGCCUUCUAGGUUUUGGACAUGAGCCACCACAUAUAUUGUGUCAAAUGAUUUAUCAGAAUAGGAAUUUAUCUUAAUAUUUGUCA